GAGUGUGGACUAUGCCCUCUUGUUGCUGUAGUUGUCUGUGGUCGUCUAACAGGAAGUGCCUAUGAUAAGUUCUAGAGAUUCUGGAGGCUCCCAUCUUUUGGCCGAUGACUGGUCUAUGACCCAAGUCCAUUCCUGCCACUGAGAAAAAAAAAAUCACCAAGGCAAGGGGCAAAGGAGACACGCUGUGUGUCGCAAAGAGCUGACCUGCCCCGGACGCAGCCCAACGAACGAAGCAGCUGCUGCAGGAUGAGAAGAUGGCAGCGCGGCUGCUCGCACCGCCAGGCCCCGACAGCUUCAAGCCGUUCACCCCCGAGUCGCUGGCCAACAUCGAGAGGCGCAUCGCCGAGAGCAAGCUCAAGAAGCCCCCGAAGGCUGAGGGCAGCCACCGGGAGGACGAUGAGGACAGCAAGCCGAAGCCCAACAGUGACCUGGAGGCGGGGAAGAGCCUGCCUUUCAUCUACGGGGACAUCCCCCAAGGCCUGGUGGCCGUUCCCCUGGAGGACUUUGACCCCUACUAUUUGACACAGAAAACCUUUGUAGUAUUAAACAGAGGGAAAACUCUCUUCAGAUUUAGUGCUACGCCUGCCUUGUACAUUUUAAGUCCUUUUAACCUGAUAAGAAGAAUAGCUAUUAAAAUUUUGAUACAUUCAGUGUUUAGCAUGAUCAUCAUGUGCACUAUCCUGACCAACUGUGUAUUCAUGACUUUCAGUAACCCUCCCGACUGGUCGAAGAAUGUGGAGUACACGUUCACAGGGAUUUAUACGUUCGAAUCACUAGUGAAAAUCAUCGCCAGGGGCUUCUGCAUAGACGGCUUCACCUUCUUGCGGGAUCCGUGGAACUGGUUAGAUUUCAGCGUCAUCAUGAUGGCAUAUGUGACAGAGUUCGUGGACCUGGGCAAUGUCUCAGCGCUGAGAACAUUCAGGGUUCUCCGAGCUUUGAAAACUAUCUCUGUAAUUCCAGGCCUCAAGACCAUCGUGGGCGCCCUGAUCCAGUCGGUGAAGAAGCUGUCGGACGUGAUGAUCCUGACCGUGUUCUGCCUGAGCGUGUUCGCCUUGAUCGGCCUGCAGCUGUUCAUGGGGAACCUGCGGAACAAGUGCGUCGUGUGGCCCAUCAACUUCAACGAGAGCUACCUGGAAAACGGCACCAAAGGCUUUGACUGGGAGGAGUACAUCAACAACAAAACAAAUUUUUACAUAGUUCCUGGCAUGCUGGAACCCUUACUGUGUGGGAACAGCUCUGACGCUGGGCAAUGCCCGGAGGGCUACCAGUGCAUGAAGGCGGGCAGGAACCCCAACUACGGGUACACGAGCUUCGACACCUUCAGCUGGGCCUUCCUGGCGCUGUUUCGCCUAAUGACCCAGGACUAUUGGGAAAACUUGUAUCAGCUGACUCUGCGAGCAGCCGGCAAAACAUACAUGAUCUUCUUCGUCCUGGUCAUCUUUGUGGGCUCCUUCUACCUGGUGAACUUGAUCUUGGCUGUGGUGGCCAUGGCUUACGAGGAGCAGAACCAGGCCACGCUGGAGGAGGCCGAGCAGAAGGAGGCGGAGUUCAAGGCCAUGUUGGAGCAGCUGAAGAAGCAGCAGGAAGAGGCGCAGGCUGCCGCCAUGGCCACCUCGGCGGGGACCGUGUCAGAGGAUGCCAUCGAGGAAGAAGGGGAGGAGGGGGCCGGCUCCCCGCGGAGCUCAUCCGAGAUUUCCAAGCUGAGUUCCAAGAGCGCCAAGGAGCGGCGGAACCGGAGGAAGAAGAGGAAGCAGAAGGAGCUAUCAGAGGGCGAGGAGAAGGGGGACCCCGAGAAGGUGUUCAAGUCCGAGUCGGAGGAUGGGCUGCGGAGGAAGGGCUUCCGGCUGCCGGACAACAGGAUUGGGAGGAAAUUCUCCAUCAUGAACCAGUCCCUGCUCAGCAUCCCCGGCUCGCCCUUCCUCUCCCGCCACAACAGCAAGAGCAGCAUCUUCAGCUUCCGCGGGCCCGGGCGCUUCCGGGACCCGGGCUCGGAGAACGAGUUCGCGGACGACGAGCACAGCACGGUGGAGGAGAGCGAGGGCCGGCGCGACUCGCUCUUCAUCCCGAUCCGGGCGCGCGAGCGCCGCAGCAGCUACAGCGGCUACAGCGGCUACAGCCAGGGCAGCCGCUCGUCGCGCAUCUUCCCCAGCCUGCGGCGCAGCGUCAAGCGCAACAGCACGGUGGACUGCAACGGCGUGGUGUCCCUCAUCGGCGGCCCCGGCUCCCACAUCGGCGGCCGGCUCCUGCCAGAGGUGAAAAUAGAUAAGGCAGCUACCGACCACAGUGCUACAACUGAGGUGGAAAUUAAGAAGAAAGGCCCUGGGUCUCUUUUAGUCUCCAUGGACCAAUUGGCUUCCUAUGGAAGGAAAGACAGAAUUAACAGUAUAAUGAGUGUUGUUACAAAUACUCUGGUAGAAGAGCUGGAAGAGUCUCAGAGAAAGUGCCCGCCAUGCUGGUACAAAUUUGCUAACACGUUCCUCAUCUGGGAGUGCCACCCAUACUGGAUAAAACUAAAAGAGAUUGUGAACUUGAUAGUCAUGGACCCUUUCGUGGACUUAGCCAUCACCAUUUGCAUUGUGCUGAACACACUAUUCAUGGCCAUGGAGCACCACCCUAUGACACCGCAGUUUGAACACGUCUUGACUGUAGGGAAUCUGGUUUUCACUGGAAUUUUCACAGCGGAAAUGUUCCUGAAGCUCAUAGCCAUGGACCCCUACUAUUAUUUCCAAGAAGGUUGGAACAUUUUUGACGGAUUUAUUGUGUCCCUCAGUUUAAUGGAACUGGGUCUAGCGGACGUGGAGGGGCUUUCGGUGCUGCGAUCUUUCCGAUUGCUUCGAGUCUUCAAGUUGGCCAAGUCCUGGCCCACGCUGAACAUGUUGAUCAAGAUUAUUGGGAAUUCCGUGGGCGCCCUGGGCAACCUGACCCUGGUGCUGGCCAUCAUAGUCUUCAUCUUUGCCGUGGUCGGGAUGCAGCUCUUCGGAAAGAGCUACAAGGAGUGCGUGUGCAAGAUCAACCAGGACUGCGAGCUGCCCCGCUGGCACAUGCAUGAUUUCUUCCACUCCUUCCUCAUCGUCUUCCGGGUGCUGUGCGGGGAGUGGAUCGAGACCAUGUGGGACUGCAUGGAGGUGGCCGGCCAGGCCAUGUGUCUCAUCGUCUUCAUGAUGGUCAUGGUGAUUGGCAACUUGGUGGUGCUGAACCUCUUCCUGGCCUUGCUGCUGAGCUCCUUCAGCGCGGACAACCUGGCGGCCACGGACGACGACGGGGAGAUGAACAACCUCCAGAUCUCCGUGAUCCGCAUCAAGAAGGGCGUGGCCUGGGUCAAGGCCAAAGUGCGCGCCUUCAUGCAGGCACACCUGAAGCAGCGGGAGGCGGACGAGGUGAAGCCGCUGGACGAGCUGUAUGAGAAGAAGGCCAACUGCAUCGCCAACCACACCGGCGCCGACAUCCACCGCAACGGCGACUUCCAGAGGAACGGCAACGGCACGACCAGCGGCAUCGGCAGCAGCGUGGAGAAGUACAUCAUCGACGAGGACCACAUGUCCUUCAUCAACAACCCCAACCUCACCGUGCGUGUGCCCAUCGCCGUGGGCGAGUCCGACUUCGAGAACCUCAACACCGAGGAUGUGAGCAGCGAGUCGGACCCGGAAGGCAGCAAAGACAAACUCGAUGACACCAGCUCCUCUGAAGGCAGCACUAUUGACAUCAAACCGGAGGUGGAGGAGGUGCCCGUGGAGCAGCCCGAGGAGUACUUGGACCCGGACGCAUGCUUCACCGAAGGCUGUGUGCAGCGGUUCAAGUGUUGUCAGGUGAAUAUUGAGGAAGGGCUAGGCAAGUCUUGGUGGAUCUUGCGGAAAACCUGCUUUCUGAUCGUGGAGCACAAUUGGUUUGAGACAUUCAUCAUCUUCAUGAUUCUGCUCAGCAGCGGUGCCCUGGCCUUUGAGGACAUCUACAUUGAGCAGAGAAGGACCAUCCGCACCAUCCUGGAAUACGCCGACAAGGUCUUCACCUACAUCUUCAUCCUGGAGAUGCUGCUCAAGUGGACGGCCUAUGGCUUCGUCAAGUUCUUCACCAAUGCCUGGUGCUGGCUGGACUUCCUCAUCGUGGCUGUCUCUCUAGUCAGCCUUAUAGCUAAUGCCCUGGGCUACUCGGAACUAGGUGCCAUUAAAUCCCUUAGGACCCUAAGAGCUUUGAGACCCUUAAGAGCCUUAUCACGAUUUGAAGGCAUGAGGGUGGUGGUAAAUGCCUUGGUGGGCGCCAUCCCUUCCAUCAUGAAUGUGCUGCUGGUGUGUCUCAUCUUCUGGCUGAUUUUCAGCAUCAUGGGCGUUAACCUGUUCGCGGGAAAGUACCACUACUGCUUUAACGAGACCUCCGAGGUCCGGUUCGAGAUUGAUAUUGUCAACAAUAAAACCGAGUGUGAGAAGCUCAUGGAAGGGAACAAUACCGAGAUCCGAUGGAAGAAUGUGAAAAUCAACUUUGACAACGUCGGGGCAGGGUACCUGGCUCUUCUUCAAGUGGCAACCUUCAAAGGCUGGAUGGACAUCAUGUAUGCAGCCGUGGAUUCCCGGAAGCCUGAUGAGCAGCCGAAAUACGAGGACAACAUCUACAUGUACAUCUACUUCGUCAUCUUCAUCAUCUUCGGCUCCUUCUUCACCCUGAACCUGUUCAUUGGCGUCAUCAUUGAUAACUUCAAUCAACAAAAGAAAAAGUUCGGAGGUCAGGACAUCUUCAUGACGGAGGAGCAGAAGAAGUACUACAACGCCAUGAAGAAGCUGGGCUCCAAGAAGCCCCAGAAACCCAUCCCCCGCCCCCUGAACAAGAUCCAGGGCAUCGUCUUCGACUUCGUCACACAGCAAGCCUUCGACAUUGUCAUCAUGAUGCUCAUCUGCUUGAACAUGGUGACCAUGAUGGUGGAGACGGACACGCAGAGCAAGCAGAUGGAGAACAUCCUCUACUGGAUCAACCUGGUCUUCGUCAUCUUCUUCACCUGUGAGUGCGUGCUCAAGAUGUUCGCCCUGCGCCACUACUACUUCACCAUCGGCUGGAACAUCUUUGACUUCGUGGUGGUCAUCCUGUCCAUCGUGGGCAUGUUCCUGGCUGAUAUAAUCGAAAAGUACUUUGUCUCUCCGACCCUCUUCCGAGUCAUCCGAUUGGCCCGAAUUGGGCGCAUCCUGCGUCUGAUCAAAGGCGCCAAGGGGAUCCGCACCCUGCUCUUUGCCUUAAUGAUGUCCCUGCCUGCCCUGUUCAACAUCGGCCUGCUGCUCUUCCUGGUCAUGUUCAUCUUCUCCAUCUUCGGGAUGUCCAACUUCGCCUACGUGAAGCACGAGGCCGGCAUCGACGACAUGUUCAACUUUGAGACGUUCGGCAACAGCAUGAUCUGCCUGUUCCAGAUCACCACCUCGGCUGGCUGGGACGGGCUGCUGCUGCCCAUCCUCAACCGUCCCCCGGACUGCAGCUUGGAGAAGGAGCACCCGGGCAGCGGUUUCAAGGGUGACUGCGGGAACCCCUCGGUGGGCAUCUUCUUCUUCGUGAGCUACAUCAUCAUCUCCUUCCUCAUCGUGGUCAACAUGUACAUCGCCAUCAUCCUGGAGAACUUCAGCGUGGCCACGGAGGAGAGCGCGGACCCCCUGAGUGAGGACGACUUCGAGACCUUCUACGAGAUCUGGGAGAAGUUCGACCCCGACGCCACGCAGUUCAUCGAGUACUGUAAGCUGGCUGACUUCGCGGAUGCGCUGGAGCACCCGCUGCGCGUGCCCAAGCCUAACACCAUUGAGCUCAUCGCCAUGGACCUGCCCAUGGUGAGCGGGGACCGCAUCCACUGCCUAGACAUCCUUUUUGCCUUCACCAAGCGGGUCCUGGGAGACAGCGGGGAGCUGGACAUCUUGCGGCAGCAGAUGGAGGAGCGCUUUGUGGCGUCCAAUCCUUCCAAAGUGUCUUACGAGCCCAUCACGACCACGCUGAGGCGCAAACAGGAGGAGGUGUCCGCCGUGGUCCUGCAGCGCGCCUACCGGGGACACCUGGCGAGGCGGGGCUUCGUCUGCAAAAAGACAGCUUCCAAUAAGCUGGGGAACGGAGGCACGCACAGGGAGAAGAAGGAGAGCACCCCUUCCACGGCCUCCCUCCCGUCCUACGACAGUGUGACCAAGCCUGAGAAGGAGAAGCAGCAGCGGGCAGAGGAGGGGCGGAGGGAGAGGGCCAAGAGACAGAAGCAGGUCCGAGAGUCCAAGUGCUAGAGGCGAGCGGAACCCGGCCGCCGCUUGGAGCUCAGACUCGCGCGGGCCAACGGUUGAUGAUUGUUUACAAACUUCCUGCAUCUUAUCCAUUCAGAACAGCUGUGGGGACACGAACCCGAAGACCUAUGCGAAGCGUACGCUGCUUUCCAUGUCACACGGUUGCAUCUUGAGCAGUGACCUGCCGAGGGCACAGGACCCCGCUCCCUGGACUCACAGAUUUUUUUCUACUGCUUGGGCAGGUGGUUACUGCAUGUUCCACAUCAGUCAAUGCAACUUAGGACAAAACCAACAGGAUACAAACACCGAGGAGAGGCUGCUGGGGCCAGCGUUGUCUCCGCCGCAGCCAAAAAAAAAAAAAAAUGGAUUGGAUUUGAUUUGAUUUUACUUUUUUCCAUUCUGUCGAUUCUCGGAAGCAGAAAGCAUCGCUUUCAAAGUUUGUUUGUCCAUGCAAACUAUAUUUGCAUUCUCACAUUAGUUAAGCUAAAGCGGCAAAAAGAAACCACACACACACACACACUACACACACUCACACACACACACACACAGUCACUCACUCACAUUUAGCCCAUGUCAUUUAAUUGUCAGUUUCUUUGACAUAACGCGCAUCUUCUCCACAUGGGCUUUCCGUGGUUUGGAGAUGGGUAGGGGGAAAUAAUCCGGUUUUUUCCAGGCUGAGGAGGACUUGCUCAGGCCGAUUCCAAACAUCGUGCUCGUUCAAUGCGUAGAAAUGAUUUGCAUGAUGGCAUGCCGUGAUCAGAACUCAUGCAUGAGAUCCAUACGCCACAGGACACUACUCUCCUAUCCCCUGCAUUGGGUCAGCCUCUGGACGGGACCCAGCCCUGCACCGUUCACUGUAUCUGGGAGAAAACGGUAAGAGUUCCAUCCCGGCUGCAAUUUUUUUCUGAGUUCUUAGAAGUCUUUCAUACACAGUUGCUGGGUGGGAAAGACCUAACCAAUCAAUUGACCGCCGCCGCCACCAACAAAAACAAACCCAGUCCAACAAGCAGAUGGAUCCGUUGCGUGUCCGUGGUUAACAGACUUCUCUCAGACAUGCAGCCACUGUUGCACAUUUUUUUUUUUUUUUUGCAAGAUGAACUAAUCAGUACUGCUUUGCGGCCAGUACGUGGGGAGACUCAGAUCCCGAAUGGCUUGUACCAUUAACAACACUGUAAAACCAAAUCCUAGGGCUGAAAAGAAAAAAAAAAUUUCAUUUGUAUUUUGCAAUAUUCACGAGGAUUGUUUACCUUUCAUAUUGAAGAACUGACACAUACUUGAGGUAGAGAUGAAAGCGCUAUGCAGAAUAGCUUGUCAUCUCUGGGGGCCUUCUGCUGGGGUUGGGGGUGGGGUCACGGUGGGCUCGCUUCAUUCGGUAUCCUGUCUUCCUGCAUCGGGGCUGUCUCCCGGCUCACGGACCCCUGGGGAAUCUGUGACCCGGCCUCUCGCUUCUGCAGAGGGGUUGUCACAAGAUCACGCCUGCAUGAUGCCUUCUGCCUCCAUUGCUCUUCUCCACCAAGCAGGGCUGCCCUGACCCGCCCAGGUGGGCGAGGGCGGCGGCAUGGGGGCGUGGCUGUGGGCUCUUUCCUUAGUGGCUCAGGGCCUGCUCCUGAACCAAGCCUGCUUGGGUUCCUCACUGCACUGGGGUUCCUGAGAAAGCAACCUAGUCGUACGUCUCUAGAAUGUUCCAGCUCCUUCUUCCCCCCACCGGGGGCAUUCUCUUUCACGCAUUUCCCUCCCUGCUUAGCGACCUGCCAUUUGUCACUGAGGGUGGCUUCUGGGGGGGAGUAUCCCAGCUUGCAUUCCAUCUCCUGCUGUGUGGAAGUGGGGGUGGGGGGGUCCGAAUCCAGUGACUUAGCCCAAAGCCCCUGCAGGCUGCUGUUGGCUGUGUCUGGGGUGGGGGGGAGUCUACCCAGAGACUUGAGUGCAAACAAAUUCUUCCCGAAUCAUCCCACAGAGGGGGAAACAGUCCCACCCCAUCUUGGCCACGCACCAACCUGCCUUGUAGUGGAAGCACCUUGGAAGCUACCGCGCAGCCCACCUGGCUAGUUUUGCAUAGAACAAACCACGGCCAAGUUAGGACACAGAGCUCCGCAUCUUUCAGACCGGCUCUCUUAAGCCUGCUUCUGCAGUGUCGUUAGAAUGUUCGUACUACACCCAAUACCAACCGGGGAAGGGCAUUCUCUCCAUGCCCCCGCUAACUGCUAGGACGAAUGUAUAGUCACGUGUACAGGCUCUUAUUGUAAACAGCACAAAACAAGCUGACAUGGUAAUUCUUUUUUUUAAAAAAAAAGGAUUAUAAAUACUGUAAGAUAUCAUUUUAUUUUAUUGGCAUGCCUUUUUGUAAAUACAAAAAUGACUAACUUAUUAAAUAGGAAGUGGCUUCUGGCUUAUGCCAUUGUCAUGUUUAUUUUUAUUUUUUAUACUUUUCUUUCUUCUCAGAACAUAGAUGCUUAUCAGCCGAUGUACAUCCCCAAACCAGACAGACAGACAAAAAAUUUUUUAUCGCUAAUGGUCUUUUCCAAAAUGACAUAUAUAUAUGUGUAUAUAUAUAUACACAUAUAUACAUAUAUAUAUAUUUGUUCCAAUGUGCAAUAAAUUGUAACCACUUCUAUGCAAGAUCUGGCUAAACUCAGUAAAUUGUUCUUAGGUUUUGAGAUAGACGACAGGGUUCUGUGGUCCUGCUUAGGUACGCCGAGCACUCGCGCCAGCCGUGUCCCGAAGCUGCUGGAGCCUGACCACAACACUUGGGCCUUGCGCACCGACCGCCAUCAGCCAGCUUCCUAGGAAAGAAGCCCCCUGCCCCUCCGCUAUCUCUGAAGCUUUACUUUUCUUUCUGACUUCUCCCGCCCCCCGCCCCUCCACCUGCUCACUCGCUCACUCACCCACCCAUCCCACUCAGCACUUCCUUGGUAGUAACCGACACACCAUCACCAGCAGUCUGCACCCGCAGUUAACAGGCACGGAACCAAGAGCAAAAGUGAGGACAGUGUCACACGUCCUCGCUGAGUGGGUCAGCAGCCAAUCAGAAGCAGCAGCAGCCGCAGCGUCACCACACACACACACACACACACACACAUGCACACACAUAUAGAGAUAUAUAAAUAGAGUAUAAAUAUUUAUUUUUUGUAGCCAGGUCCUUGGUGCAGUAUUUAUACCCCCACAAUCCACCUUUUAAAAAAAAGGACAAAAAAGCAAAAAGACGCGUGCAAUGCUGUUCAUCUUGGAUGCAGAGCUAGAUGCGUGACUGCUGCCCGCAGGCGCUGGUUUAUAUGUGGAGACCCUUCCUCCCUCAGCCUCCUGGGGCUUUGAGAGGCUGAGAGCAGGGAGAGGCUCUGGCACCUGCAAGGGGAGGCAAAUGCAAACUCCCCCCGAGGGGGCGGGGCAGCCCCUGGAGCGCCAGCACCCAGGGCCCUCUAACUCCUCGCCACGACCAGUGUAGACCGUACCCCCUAGAAGCCAGCACCUCCCUUGCAUGAGCAGUGGCCGGAAGCGCAUCACUAUAGAAGCGAAAAGGAAGCGAAAUAAAAACGAGCCUUUUUUCCUGUACAAGGGAAGCCUGUCGUGGUGUUUGUUGUUUGUCCCAAUUCUUGGGUCCUGGGAGGGGGUCUGGGAACUGGGACCGUAGCACUCUUGGGGGAACAGGAGUCAGAGGCGUCUCUGCAGACGCCCAGGCCAGAGCUUGGCGGGGAGAAGAGCCAGGUCCUGCCCCUGCCCCCGGGAGCGCACUUCCCACCCCCACUCCAUUGCAUGCAUUUCUCCUGUCUACUGGGCUGGUGCUCCAAGGCCCACCCAAGCCCCCUCCCCCACCAUCGGCCGAGAGAUGUCAGCCAACCCAGCUGGACUGGCCUUACUUUUUUUGCCUUCUCACCAGAAUGUUAGGAGACGCCUGGCAGCCUCCCCUCCACGCCCGCUGACCUGGCCCCCUCCUGGCCACCCCUUCACACUUGCACGGGGGGCGGGGUCCCGGCUCCGGGUCCUCUUCUCCCUCCCCCUGCUGUGGGGACGUCUCUCUCUCUUCGGGCCGUGUCCCCUGGCCCAGAAACACUCUCUCAGGAGGAUCUUGUGCCCACUCUAGUCCUGCUCCACGCUGAGAGAGACGGCAGUAGGUCAGGCCCCCUCCUCCCCUUCCUCUUCCUCUUCCCUGGGCUCCCCCCACCCCACCCACAGCCUCCAGGCCUGCUAUGGAGGCCAAGCAGCCAUUUGUGACUUCAGUCCCAGGCAUCUCCAGGCGCGAUGCCUCUUUUCUGUUCUCAGAUGCUGCCCAAAGUUUUGCAAAAAGCUUCGUUCAUUUUCAGGUACCUCCCCCCUUGCCCCCCAAAAGAAUGAGCUGCAACCGUCAGCUAGGGGGACAUCAGGAGUGAAGAGGAAGCCUGGGGUGGCAGAGGCCCCAGGCCUGCACCGGCGUCGGCCCUGGGCUUCCUAGGAUGCCCGCUCCCAGACUGCCAAGAUUUCCCCCGUUAGAUGCUCCUGAGGCACCCCUGCCCCUGCCCCUCCCCCCUUGCUGUGUGCUGUGCAUAGAGGCUCCGUGGGGGUGGGGCGGGCAGCUGUGCACAUGUGCUAGUGUGUGUGUGUGUUUGUAUGUGAAGAAUGCACAUAGGUAAAGGGGAGUGUGGCCCAGUGGUUCCAGAAAAGGGACGGAACCGUGUUCUAUCCCUGGCUUUUGGCCGCUGGCUCGCUGUGUGGCCUUGGGCAAGUCACUUAACCUCUUCGUGCCUCAGUUGCCCCAUCUGUAAAAUGGGGGCAAUAAUACUGACCUACCUCACAGGGGUGUUGUGAGGCUUUACGUCCAUGUUUUGUAAAAGCGUUUUUGAGAUACAGAGGCCAAGGCACUAGGGAAGGGCAAAGCCUUGUUGGUCUUUGGAAAGAUGCAAUGGUACCAUAUAUGCUGCUAUUCUGAGAGCCAUUUAAAACUGCACUGCUCCAACCACCCCCGCUUCUCAUCACCAGGACAGCAGGUCGAGAACCGUCUUUCCUUUCACUUGCUUCUGGGCUCUGUCGUUUACUCUAGACACGGAAUUCUUCCCCCCCACCCCCGCCCUCCGCUGUAUCUCCCGCCCUCACCCCCCCUCGACUUGUUCCCUGUUCUGUUCAUGAGGAAAUGGCAGAAAUCCUUGAGAAAUGAGAAUGUAUCCGUGGAUUGGAAGUUUCUAGUCUGAAAUUUCAAUUUUACUUUGUACUGUACAUCUUUUUACUUUAGAAUUUGCAAUAAAGGGUUACGUCAAUCUUGUUUUCAA